GAGGCCAGCUGUGCUCCAAUGGGUCCGGUGUUGGAUCAGCUAGGAGCCUUUAGCAUCAGCCAGCCUAGGAAGCCAACUGUGCGCCAACACCAGUUUCGUGGCUCAGCUAAGAGCCUUGAAUGA